GAACUUCUAGUUGCAAAUAGAAAUAAUGGAUCACAUUAUUCUUAAAAUAAAUGUAAAUACUUCAAGUCUCACUUCACAAGCAAUUCAGGAUGUCUUCAAUCUUAUAAGAAAAAACAUCCUUAAUGAAUCAUCUGAAGAUAUGGAUCCAGCUAUGGAACUCCUCUGGAAACAUAUAAACACAUUGCUGCCUCAUUAUAAUGAUCAGUUAUUAUGUUCCAUAUGCUUUUAUACUUUAAUGACUGAUAAAAAUGAAGAGGCUUAUUUAUUAAAAAUUUUGGAAAUUUUGAAUAAAAUGAUGUUGUUAGAGAAGAGCAACAAAGAGGAUGUACAUCAGACAUCUGUGGGUGUCUCAUUAAUGUACGGAUUGCUCCAAUCAUCAUAUCUCAAUAGGACACCUUCACACCAAAUGCUUGUUCAAAAUUGUAUAGAUUUAACAUUCAAGUUGUUAACACUACUUGCUUAUAAGUAUACACAAUUUACCUUUCUAGUUUUCAAGAUAUUGUCAACAUUUAAGAAAUUAAAAAAUACAGUACUUCACAAACAUAUAUUCACCCAGGAUAACCAAGUCACAUUGCUAAAUUUAGUGAACCAUAACUGGGAAAAUCCUAUAACUGGAGUGAGGCUCAUGAAUAAGGGAGUAUUCCAGUUAUUAAUAAGUGUUAUACAUGAAGAUAUUUAUGUUUUAAUGUUGAAGGAAAUAAAUAAAUUUUAUUGGAACAAAGCUAAAUAUUUAAUGUUAUCUGAAAUAAUAGAGCAAAGGCAAGAUUACUUACAAACAUUUUUGAAAGAAAAUAAUAUUAAUGAGGGUCUCAUUCAUAGUUUGUUUAAACCAGGACUAGUUUCUGCAGGUUCAGAUAUGUACUAUGCAGUUUUAAGGAAAAUUAAGUCAGCUGAAGAAUGGGCAACCAUUUUUCUGGAAGAUGUGAUGAAAAUUUUUGUGGGACCCAAGCAAAAAGCAAUUGAAAACUUUUGUAACUAUUGGUUAUUGCAUACACUGAAAAUUUUCCCAUCCGUCAUGGAUAUAAUUUUAGAUGAACUCAAGAGUAAAAAUUAUUGUGAGUCAAAACUAUUAAGUUGUUUGUGUGUCAUGAAACAAGUAUGUAAAGAGGGUCUACUGAAAAUAAAAUUGCAAGACUAUGAAGAUAAUAUACUAGUAAAUUACAUAUUAACAGGAUUGAAACAUAACAAUGCAUAUAUUAGAAUGUUAGCAUUUGAGAUUUUAUGUGUCUCAAAUAGCAAACCACUGCCUCGAAGUGAGGCAUAUAAACUGGUAUUAGAAUUCAUCCACUUCAAUAUUAACUCUGAUUGCACUGUUUUGCGGACAAGUAUGAUAAAUUGUAUAGCCAACUUUCUUAAUCAUCUUAACAAUACUUAUGUCACAAACACAAAAAUAAAUGUCAAUGAUUACAAAAAUCUUCAAGACUUUUGUAUUGAACUUCAACAACUAAUAAAAUCAUCACUAAAUGUUAAUGGAAAUUAUCAGAGAAAGAUAACAACAGUAACAAUAAUUAAUGUUUUGAAUAAAAAUCUUAUGAAUAAUGUACGUACAAUAAAAGAGAGGAAACUUUCAUUAGGAGAAAAGCUGAAAAGCGAAAUGGCUUGGAUGUUAUCUGAUAAAGAUGUUAUUUUAAUGUUAAUAAGCUUGUUGAAAGAUCCUGCAGAAGAUAUACGAAAAACGGCCGUAAAUGUAUUGUUAACUUACAACGUGAGAGAAAUAAUAGAAAUGGACAUGAUUAAUAUAUUGUUGAAUGAUGCAGUUAAAUGUUUAAGAAGUAAAUUCUUCUAUGAAAUUGACUGUGGUCGAUGUAUUUUUAAUUUAAUAAUUAACAUAAUGCUCACAAAUGACCUAGCAGUUUCAUUUGAUGGCUUAGAGUCUCCAUUUCAAGGUAUCCAAGAUGUUUUUAAGUUUUGGUAUAACGAACUGACUUCAGAGUUCCAAAUGAAAAGAAACAUUGUCGAUUCUGUUGAGAAUGGAAAACAGUUACAUUCUAUACUUAGUGUUAUAUAUGUCAUCUUUGAUUCUUGCUCUACAUCCAAACAUAAACUUGAAAUUCCUGAGCACACUAUGAUGAGUCUACUUACUAUUUUGGAUGAUGUAUCAAAUCAGUUUCAAUGGAAAGAAGAGGCAAAUGUGAGCUCAGAUUUUUCAGAAAUGAGUGACAUGGUGCAGAGUCUGAUACAGGCAUCUAGUGUGUAUUCCAAUGUAGCUGAUGAAACUCACACUUCUGGACUGCAUCAAGCUGUUUUAAACUGCUUAUGGCUGAAUGUUAAGGUAUCCUGUGAAUUGUUAUCAUUAAUAUUAAUACAAAAUCUAGAUGAUGUACAAAUUUGUGAGAAAUGUUUGAAUACUAUAAGUCGUGUCUUAGAGACGUGCCGACAUAAAGGAGCUAUUGAAGCAGCCGGAACUGAAUUAGGAUUAUGUAUAAGGAAUCUCACAAUGUUCCCAAACGAAGCAACUUCCCACUUACCGUCUGUCUUUCUUGAGAGGAAACUAAAUGAACUGAUAUGUGAAUCAAAUAGAAUGGCAUCAGUUACCAGAAGAGGUGCAGGUCUAUCGAUAUUAGUCCAUAAAAUUGUUUCACAAGACAACAGGAAAGGAAAGCCUCUUUUCCAUCAUUUUAUUAAAACAUUGCUGUCUACAUGUGAGAAUCUAAAUAAUAUUAAUGAGCCAUCAAAUUUAGAUGAGAAAGACCUGCCAAAAGCUAUCUAUAUCCAUUUUUUGGCGAAAAUUGUAAUUGAUAGUAGUCUCUCUACAGAAGUGAUGUACUAUUCAGCCAAGUUAGCUGAACUUGCAUUUGGCAACUUGACCAGCCCACACUGGCAAAUCAGAAAUGCAGCUUUACAACUGUAUGGAGCUUUAGUACCUAAAAUAAUUGGGCAAAAAAAGGCUUCCGGCUCAGAUGAUGAAAGCAUAGCUACGGUGGCAUGUGAUGAAUUUAGAACACACCUGCCCAGCUUAUGGAAGAUGAUUUUGAUAAAAUUAAAAAAUACUGAUUUUAUUGAUAUGAUACAAGGCCAUUCCAAUUUGGUUCCAAUUUUAAACAUUAUAGCAAAUAUGGCUAGGAGAUACAACUUUGAAUAUGACUUGAAGGAACAAACUGCUUGUGAUAAAGAACUGUUUACAGUAUUUAUUAGGUUAUUAGAUAGCCCAAUUUAUACUGUAAGAAGAUUAGUGGCGCGAUGUAUACUAAAUAUUUACUCAGAUGACAUUAUACACCAUUUUCUUCUACACCAUGAAAUAACUUCGGAAAAUUUACUUCAUGGUGUUUUACUGUUAAUGAGCAAUUACUUCAACCAGAACAAGAGUAGCAAUCUCUUUGACAAGAUUAAUUUAAGAGAAAAGUUUGCAAGCAUAAUAUCAAUAAGAAAACAUUCAUAUAUUUGUAAGGGUCUCAUUGAAGAUGUGUUUGGUCAUGAUGGUGAUGAAAAGAAUAUGUUGGCAGACACAUUUAAGACAAUUCAAAUGUAUACCAAUGCUCCAGGCAUAUAUCUAUGGUCCAACAGAAGAGUCAAAGUGUAUAUAGAAAAUGCAACAUGGCUUGAGGUUCUUGAUAAUAUAGUAAUAUUAUCAGCAUUUAAUGAAUUUGAACAACACAUUUAUCUGCUUUGUAAAAAAAUGGAAGAUUGUGUUAUCCCAGAACAUAUCUUGCAAAAGAUUGUACAAAAUUUAAUUGAUGAUUUUAGUGAUGUUAAAGACAACUCUAACUUUUGGAAGUUUUUAUACCAAGCAUCUAAACGAGUUGAUCUCAGUUUCCUUCUCCAAACUCCACUUUUUAGAAGCUUAGCAGAUUGUAAUGAAUUCACUUACAAAAGAAGAUAUUGUCUUCCACUAGUUACAAGACUUCAAUCAAGGUCUUUGAAUGAUAAAAUUUCACAAAAAAAUAUAUCUUUUAUGAUAAAACAAUUAUCAGAUCCAAGUUAUGACACGGCUAUUAGACAUAAGGCUGCUGUAGCUAAUAACGAACUUGCUCCUGUGUUACAAAACUUACAAGAAGAUGUGAAAAUAAAUGCCAUUAUCACUGCAAUUAUUCUGUUGUCAGAUGAAGAUGAAGACAUAAGAAAUGUUGCCACUGAGUUUUGCAAAUUAAUACUACACCAAACAGAAAAUAUUCAUCCAUUUAUCUGCCUCAAUUUAAUUCUUAGUAAAUCAUUUAUUGAAACGGUUUUGAAUAAUCCAAGUAAAAGUGUAAAAAUCAUUGCACAAGGUAUAACACAUUUUAUGGAAUCAUUAAGUUCUCCCAAAAAGGAUGAAUAUAAUCCAUUUGCAAAUGAUUCUAAAAAUAUUUACUUUGAAGUUAAUUUAGUUAGUCAGUUAUUGGAUAGCCUAAUGAAAUAUUUUACAUGAAUAACAAUGUAAGAAAUGUAUUAUAUUAUAUAUAAUAUACAAUUUUUUUAAA